AGUUCAUUGUCAACAAAGCUCAUUAACUUCAGAACUACUCACUAAAUUUACUUCAUUCAGUUGAUUGAGACAGAUUUUUGAAAACGUUACAUAACAUAACAUAAAUAAGAAUUGCAGCAGGUUUUCAUUUACCCGCUGUGUGAAUAUUGACGUCGAUAAACAGUAGGUGGUGCUGAUCCCAUUCAGGACACGAUAACAAAAUGAUGGUGGUAGAAAGAGCAACACUUAAAAAACCUAAAAUAAUGGACAGUGAAAACAAUCAUCGAUCAGUCUUCUUACUGAAAGAGUUUUUAUACUAUUCUCCUCACUGGUCUACACAUAGUCACAUUUUUCAUUACACGUUCCACUUAUUUUUUUAAUCGAAACAGAUAUUUUUAAGAAUUUUAUUAAGUCAAAUAGUGGCUUGUUAUUUUUGUUCAUAACCACCAAACUUAAUUUAAUAUAACGAGUGACUUUGACAUUAAAUUAAACAGGAAAUAUAUGAAAUUAAACAAAACACAUUAAUAGGAACACGUAAGUGGCAUGUCUUUCAUCGUACAUAAAACCAUGUCAGUUAUUAUAAGCAAAUGAUAAUAUUGCUUUAAAAGUGCUGCCUCUUUAUUUAGAUAAGUCGUAUCUGUUUGCGUUGUUGUUACGUUUGGGUCCGAUCUACUUCAGGUACAAACAGAGCUAUGGCUGGGUUAAAAACAUUUUUCUGAUUUUGUGAAUGAUCAUAAAUUGAUUAAUAACAUCCAAAGAUUGAUUAUUAUAAUGUCAUUUCCCAUCAGUCAGUUCUCUGCUAAUUAAAAUCCUUAUUCAUACCUGUAAACACAAAAAGUACUUAGGGUUAAUCCUUGAAAUAAACUUUAAUUUUAACUUAUUAAUUUACAAGGUGUACAUUUUACUGAGAAUCUUUUUUUAUAUCUAAGAAAAAGUGAUUCCAUUACAGAAAACCAACAUACAGCAGAGUCAACCCCAUGUGGAACUGAACCAAUCCUGAAAACUAGUGACGAUACUGAGCUCUAAAUGGUACCAUCAAGUAAUUCAUGGUGCAUAAACAUUUGUCAGAGUAAUGACAUCUACAACAGGUGACCAGGCCGAUAAAAAUUGAAUCAAAUCAUUGUAGGAAAAGUCAGCGGAGAUUCAUUUCAAAACACUGGAGGUUCAACAGAUCCCAGUAUGUCCAGUUUUAUUCCCAGUUAGACUCACAUGAAUCCUCAGAUCAGAUUGAAGUGCUCUCACAGGGAGGGCGGUUAUCGCAGCAGGGCUGGGUUGGAUAUAUUUCAGGAGCUCGUCGGCCUAUUGGUCUGACCAGGAAUCCAUUUCCAUAAAGAGGAUCUGAGCGUUUUGCUGAGGCAUCGCAACCCACCAUAUAUACCCUAUUUCAUUUUUCACUGUCUGUGGCUUUGGCAGUGUCUCCUUUUCUUCCAUCGUGUCUUGUCCUGUUCUUCCUCCUCUCAGUAGGUUGUGAACCUCAAAAACCGCCAAGAUGUCUGAGAAAAAAAUGACUUCCAGCCGCAGGCAUCACCUGAAGAGUUUGAUUCUUCAGAUUGCCAUGGACUGGAUCGAGCAGGAGAAGAAGGACGCCAUAGCGGCUAAAGAGGCGUACAUGGCCGAGCACUGUCCCGCCCCAGAUACCAGCGGAGACCAGGCCACUCUGAUGGAACUCUGCAAGAAGAUUCACGCCGCCAUCGACAAGAUCGAUGAGGAAAGGUACGACAUCGAGGCCAAAGUUCAGAAGGCCGACAAAGAGAUCGAGGACCUGAAGAUCAAAGUGGUGGAUCUGAGAGGCGUGAAGAAGCCUGCUCUGAAGAAGGUGCGUAUGUCUGCUGACUCCAUGCUGCAGGCUCUGCUGGGCUCCAAACACAAGGUGACCAUGGAUCUGAGGUCCAACCUGAAGCAGGUCAAGAAGGAGGUCAAAGAGGAGCCAACAGAGGCAGUUGGUGACUGGCGUAAGAACAUUGAGGACAAGGCCGACAGGAAGAAGAUGUUCGAGAGCUCCUAAAUGUGUCGCUGUUGUUUGUUUUUCUGUUUCUAUGAAGUCCACGUGUCUGAUAUCUGUAGGCGGAACCAAGGGAGCGUGAAGUGGUUUCAGUGGCUGAACAGCAAUAUGUACAGUUUUCUGAAAGGUUUUUGUUUUUGCACUUUGUUUAUCUGGAGAGAGAGGGGGAAGAACGUCAGGAGUUUCUGCAGGUUCACACUCAAGUACAACAAACACAACAAGUCUUAAACUCCACACGUUCAGAGACAUAUUCACUCAAACCACUCCAUGUUGAAUUCACACAAUAAAGUCUUAUGUGGAAG